AUGACACCUAAAAUAUUUCAUAUGAAAUAUUUAUUCUAUUUAGUUUUUUUACAUUUGACUGUUGCUAUAAGUCAAAUCAAUCUUCAUCAUACAGGUUGGGUAAGUAAAAAUGAAAAUAAUGGUAUUUUACAGCACGAUUGUUUGCGCUUUGAUGUGUUGAAUGAAGUGCGAAAUUUUAGUCGUGAAAUAAUACAUUUUUGUAUGAGUGAAUUACCAACGGAAUUUCAUAUAGAAGAAAAUAAUAUCUUUCCAAAAUUUACUUUUGAUUACCUUUCAAAACAAAAUAUAACAAGUGAACAAUUAUAUCUUUGGUCAGCACCAAUCGACAUUAUUGAAGAUUAUCAAUUUUAUUUAAAUCAAUUAUCAAUAUCAAAUGAUUUAGAAUUAUCAAAAAACGUCUUUUAUAAUUGUACAUCACCAACAUUUGGUUCAAUGUGUCAAUAUGAAAUUGAUCAUCAUUAUUCAAAUUAUCCAUCUUUAUAUGAAAUGAUUAAUGGUUUCUAUCAAAAUAAUUCAUAUCAUCCAGCUGAUUUCACUUGUUAUACUCAUUUAAAAUGUAAUCGUGGUCAUUCUCCAGCAUGUUUAGAUUGGACUGAAAUUUGUAAUGGACAAAUUGAUUGUCUUAACAGUGGAGUUGAUGAAGAAUAUUGUUGGCAACUUGAAAUAAAUGAAUGUAAUAGAGAUGAACAUCGAUGUAAUAACGGACAAUGCAUACACAAAUCGUUUUAUCAAGAUGAUAACUAUUUUUCUGAUUGUCUUGAUGGUUCGGAUGAAGAUCAUCGAAUUCAUAACGAAAAUAAUAAAUGUAAUCAAAACAAGCCAUCAUUUGAAUGUGAAGAUGUAACAUGUAAAGAUCUAAACUGUCAAAAUGUAACAUGCAUCGGUUCUUGUUGGUCAGGACGUCAAGAAGCGGUAUUUAAAAACAUGUAUUAUGUGAAGGACAAUUCCACAUCUGAUCAAUGCUGGUCUGCAUUCGUAUGCCAAGGUAUUGAUUUGUAUAAGCCACUUUCAUCCAAUUGUACUGAUUCUUGCGCAAACUAUGAUUGUUAUGAAGUCUUUGAACGUGAAUGUCCAGAUAUAUUCUAUAUGCCAAUCAUUCCAGUUUUAUUUGGUGACAUUUAUUUUGCUUAUGAAAAAUGCAAAUCAUGUGUGGAGAAUUCUGAAUUAUUUAAGUAUCCUUAUGCAUGCUAUAAUAAUUCUCGUUAUGAUAAUUAUUUUAAUGAAGUUUCAGACAAGAAAUAUAAUUAUUCAAAGUUGUUACUCAAUAAUCGAGUGUGUCAUCGUCUGCCCAAUUCAUUCAUUCUUCAGCAAUUUGAAUACUUUUCAGUAACCCGAUUAUAUCUUUUAAGAGAGUUACGUUCGAAACUUUGGCGAUAUCAUGAAAUUUAUAAUUAUAACUCUACAAUUUGUAAUAGAUCGAAUAUGUAUCAAUGUUCAAAUUCAUUGAAAUGUAUUUCUAAACAUCGUCGCAUGGAUGGUGUAAUCGAUUGUCCUAAUAGUGAUGAUGAAAAUAAAACUUUGUUGAAUUAUGCUGUUUCAACAGAAGAAAUUAUAGAUACAGAUGGAGAGUACGAUGACGAAUUAAACUUGCAAAUUCGAGAUUCAACAAUACAUAUUUCCUUUCAAACAAUUUGUGAUGGAUUUACUGAAUUAUCACCAAUAACAAUAGAUGGGCAAAAUGAAACAGAUGAAACUGAAUGUGAACAAUGGUCAUGUAAUAAUAUUUAUACAAAUUGUGAUGGUUUAUGGAAUUGUUUUGAUGGUGCAGAUGAAAUUGAUUGUGAUUUAUCAUCAAACUGUUCUUCAGAUGAACACAAAUGUGUUUCACCUAAUACGAAUCAAUUUAUUUGUUUACCAAUUAGCAAAGCAAAUGAUGGUAAGGUUGAUUGUAUUGGAGCUACCGAUGAACCAACAUUAUGUCGCACAGAAUAUAAAGUAAUUAAUUAUCAUAAUAACUUUUAUUGUAUGAAUCAUAGUUCAGAACAAUGUCUCAUUCAUUCUGAUUUAUGUGACAAUGAGAAUGAUUGUGAUUAUGGAGAUGAUGAACAAUUUUGUACAACACAUAAACAACACCCAACCCAGUCUAUUUGUUGGGCAUAUGAACGUCCAAAUGCUUCAGAUGUUGAGAAUUUUUUAUGCAAUCAAAUGGAUGAAUAUACAAAAGAACAGAUUACAUAUUUUACUCUCAAUCGAACGAAGAAGUCACCAAAUGAUCGAACAAAACAUAUAGAAAAUGAAGUACGUUCAAGUAUAAUUACAGGUGAAACUCAAAAGCCUGAUCUACGUGAACUUCGUUGUCAUCGUGGUAUUGAUGUACAUAUGCGGUCAAAGAAUGCAAAUAAUCGAACAGACAAAAUGUGUUUUUGUCCACCAAGUUAUUAUGGUGAUCGAUGUCAAUAUCAAAAUCAACGAAUAAGUUUAUCACUUAGAUUUCAAACAUCAUCUGAUUCAUGGCAAACACCAUUUGCAAUUGUUAUUUUAUUAAUCGAUGAUGAUAGUGAACAAAUGAUUCAUUCAUAUGAACAAUUAACUUAUUUAUCAAUGAGAGAUUGUGAAAAUAAAUCUCAUCUUUAUUUAACUUAUUCAAAUCGACCAAAAAAUGAAACAAAAAAUUAUGGAAUACAUAUUGAUAUUUAUGAAAAAAUAUCAUUAAAAUAUCGAGCAAGUUUGCUUUUUCCAAUUCAAUUUAUAUUUUUACCUGUUCAUCGUUUAUCAUUACUCAUUGAUAUUCCAAAUCGUGAUAUUAAUAUGGAAAGUUAUUCAAAUAAUUUAUGUAUUAAUGGUCGAUGUAUUAAAUAUUCAAAUAAUCAAGAAAAAACAUUUUGUCAAUGUCAUUCGGGAUGGUUUGGACGUUAUUGUACAAUUAAACAUUCUUCAAAGUGUUCAUCAGAUUCAACAUAUAUUAGUGUUUCUCCUAAUAAACAAUCAAUAUGUGUUUGUCCUUUGAAUAAAUUUGGACCUCGAUGUCUUCUUGAUAAUCCAAUUUGUCAAAAUAAUAAAAAUCUAAUAUGUAAAAAUGGUGGUAAAUGUAUUCCUAAUGAUAGAUACAUGAUAUCGAGUAAAAACUUUACAUGUAUUUGUCCAGAAGGUUAUAUUGGAGAUCGAUGUGAAUUAGAUGAUAAUAAAAUAAUAAUAUCAUUUGAAAAAAGUAUUAGUUUAUCCGAAUCAAUAUUUAUUCAUUUUAUUGAAGUCAUCAAUAAUGAUGAACCAAAGAGAUCGACUAUAUUUCAAACAAUUCCUGUUCAUCAAGAUUUUAUUACAAUAUUUUGGUCAAGGCCAUUUCAUAUUGUUUUCAUUGAAGUUCCUCGAAAAAAUUAUUAUUUAACCUUUCUUCAAAAUGUUUAUAAUGAAUCAACAAUAAAUAAUAAAAUGAUAAAUCCAUCAGAUCGUUGUCAAUAUAUAAAUGAAAUAUUUAAUGAAAGUAUGGCUAAAUUACAUCUUAUUCGUCGUAUGAAAUAUUAUCAUUUACCAUGUCAAAUGUAUUCAUUAAAUCGUUCUUGUUUUUAUGAUAAUACUCAGUUUUGUUUAUGUUAUAAUUAUGGUCAAAUACGUUUGGCUAAUUGUUUUGAAUUUAAUCACAGUAUGAAAUUUGAUUGUUCAGGCCAUAGUGAAUGUCAAAAUGGAGCGGAAUGUUUUCAGGAUACAGCAAAGUGUCCUAAAAAAUUAUUAUGUAUGUGUCCCCGAUGUUUUUAUGGAAGACGAUGUCAAUUUACUACUCGUGGAUUUGGUUUAUCACUUGAUAAUAUCUUAGGUUAUCAUAUUCUACCACAAACUAGUAUUACACAUCAAACAAGUAUUGUAAAAGUAAGUAUAGCAUUGACUAUAAUCUUUAUGAUAGUAGGCUUUAUUAAUGGUAUUCUUUCAAUAAUUACAUUCAAGAAUAAAAGUGUACGUGAAGUUGGUUGUGGUAUUUAUCUCUUAGGUUCUUCAAUUACAACUUUAUUAACAAUGGUUAUAUUUGGAUUGAAAUUUUGGAUACUUAUUCUUGGUCAAAUGUCUAUUAUAUCGAACGAAUUAUUUUUAAAAAUUCAAUGUAUUUCUCUUGAUUAUCUACUUCGAAUUUGUCUUAAUAUGGAUCAAUGGUUAAAUGCAGCUGUAGCGUGUGAACGAGCAAUAACUAUUAUCAAAGCUACUCGUUUUGUUAAAAAGAAAAGUAAACAAGCAGCUAAAUUAGUUAUUCUUCUUCUUUUAAUCUUUAAUAUCGUUAUAUUAAUUCAUGAUCCGAUUUAUCGACGUUUAUUGAUCGAUGAAGAAAAUGAUAAUAAAUAUGAAAAACGAAUAUGGUGUAUUGUUGAUUA